CAGAGAAAGUGAAAGUGCCUGCGCCAUCUUCUCCGUUCGAACUUGUUUUUUCACUGCACGUGCCGGAGAGGAUCAACCAACUGUUGCAUACAGUGUGCACUGAUGAGUGUUACAAGGGUCCCCGGAGGAACAGUCUUCGAGGACUGACGCUGCUGAGGGGCCUUGACCGUCCUGGGUCAUCAAGCGGCAUUGAUGGAGUUCUGGGGACCAUUUUGACAUUCUCUGUGUGGCCAGGGAGCAUAGAAGUGACAGUUUCACUAUGGAUAGUGAAAAGGAGGAGCAUGCUGCGAGUGAAAGUCAACACGGAGACUCUGUCGUGAACCAAAUGAAAGGAGAGAGUGCUUCUUUCUACCAAACCCAGAGAUCAACUCCACAACCCAGCGUUGUGUCCAUGAAGAGUGACCACUCCAUGCGCCAUCAUCCAGACUUAAGUAGUGAAGCUGUUCCAUGUGAUCAAAGGAGUGACACUGUUUUCAGUAUGGACAGUGAAAGGGAGGCGCAAGCUGUGUUUGAAAGUCAACAUGGGGAGCCUGUCAUGAAUGAACUGAAAGGAGAGAGUGCUGAUCCUUACCAAAUUCAGAGAUCUACUCCACAACCCAGCGUUGUGUCCAUGAAGAGUGACCACUCCAUGCGCCAUCAUCCAGACUUAAGUAGUGAAGCUGUUCCAUGUGAUCAGAGUGGACAGAGGGAAGAUCUGCUCCAGGACCACUCUAGGUGUGGACUAUGUGAUCAGCGUCUGUCAGAUCCUGUCUCUAUUACUUGUGGACACAGUUUCUGCAGACAGUGCAUCAGAAGCUAUUGGGACCAGUCUAGUCAAUUAGGAAACUUUGCCUGUCCACAGUGCCGAAAGAGAUCUAGAACACGUCCUGUUCUACACCCACACAAAUCCAUGGAACCGCACUGUCCUGAUACUACUGCUCCUCGCCACAGUGCAACCACCAAUGUAGCCUGUGUAGAGGUCACACAAGACCUUCAUCAAGAAUCAGAGAGUUUCAUGCAGAGAGUCUUAGAUACUCACAAGACUAGAAUGAACAAAAAGUAUGAGAGCUUAUUUGAAGGAAUUAAAACUCAAGAGAAUAAAACCCUUCUGAACAAGAUAUACACCCCACUCUAUAUCACGGAGGGAGACAGUGAAGGGGUAAAUGAAGAACAUGAGGUUUUAAAAAUUGAGAAAACACCCAGGAGAGAGUAUUUACAGGAUACCCCAAUCAAUUGCAAUGACAUUUUCAAACCAUUACACCAAAUUAGCCACAAGAGAGAAGUAAAAGAAAUAACAAUUCGUAAAAGUAGUGAACAUCACGACAGUGUUACAGAACCAGAAGAAAGUAAAUGUAGAACUGUUUUGACCAAAGGCAUUGCUGGCAUUGGAAAAACAGUGUCUGUGCAAAAGUUCAUUAUUGACUGGGUGCAAGGAAAAGCAAACCAGGAUAUAGACUUCAUGUUUGUGCUUCCAUUCCGGGAGCUCAAUUUGGUCAAAGAUGACCAUAUGAGUCUUCAUGGACUUUUGUCUGUCUUCCAUCCUGAGCUCAAGGAUCUGGAUACAAGCAUAUACAAUGUAUGCAAAGUCAUAUUCAUUUUCGAUGGAUUAGAUGAAAGCAAAUUUGAACUAACUUUUCAUGAAAGUGAGGGGGUUUGUGACGUGACCAUGGUGUCAUCAUUGAGCAUGCUGAUAACAAGCCUAGUCAAAGGAGAGUUGCUUCCUUCUUCUCAUAUCUGGAUAACCUCCCGACCAGCAGCAGCCAAUGAGAUCCCUUCUCAGUACAUCAAUCGUGUUACAGAAAUUCAGGGAUUCAGUGACCCCCAGAAGGAGGAAUACUUCAGAAAGAAAAUCAGUGAUCAAGAUCAAGCCAGGAAAAUCAUCUUGCAUGUUAAGACAAUAAGGACACUACACAUUAUGUGCCAUAUACCUGUUUUCUGUUGGAUCUCAGCAACAGUGCUUCAGCAAAUAAAGGCUCAAGAAGAUGCUGAAGAAAUCCCUAAAACCUUGACCGAUAUGUACAUUCACUUCCUGCUCUUUCAGACAAACACAAAGAAUCUAAAGUAUGAAGAGAGUGCAGUGAGAAAUACAAAGAAACUGUUGGAAACAAACAGUAAGAUGAUUAUGAAACUGGCCGAACUGGCUUUCAAACAGCUGAUGAAGGGCAACGUGAUGUUCUAUGAAGAGGACCUCAGAGAGUGCAGCAUUAGCGUCACUGAGGCCUCGGUGUACUCUGGGAUUUGUACUGAGAUCUUUAGGGAAGAAUCUAUCCUUUACCAGAGGAAGAUCUACUGCUUUGUGCAUCUGAGCUUUCAGGAGUUUCUGGCUGCUCUCUAUGUGUUUCACUGCUUUUUGACCAUGAACAUGGAGGUACUUCAACAUUUUCUACCAAGAGAGAAAGUGAGACAACAGAAAAGUCUGCAGCUGGAGGAGCUGCUGAAAGGAGCAGUAGAUGAAGCCGUAAAGAGUCAGAAUGGACAUCUGGACCUUUUCAUCCGUUUCCUGCUGGGCAUCUCACUGGAGUCCAAUCAGAGACUCUUGCAAGGACUACUGACACAUACAGAAAGCAGCACAGAGACAAUAAGAAACACAAGUGAGCACAUCAAAGAGAAAAUACAAACAGAGCAUCUCCCUACUGAUAGGUUCAUCAGUCUCUUCCUAUGUCUGCUUGAAAUAAAAGAAGAAUCUCUUUACAGAGAAAUUCAGGAAUUCCUAAGCUCUGACAACCAUUCAGACACAGAACUGUCUCCCAUCCAGUGUUCUGCUCUAGCAUACAUGCUUCUUAUAUCAGAGGACGUGAUGGACGAGUUUAAUCUCAAUAUAUACUUCACAUCAGCAGAGGGUCGUAGGAGGUUAAUCCCAGCUGUGAAGAACUGCAGAAAAGCUCUACUUGAUGCCUGCAAUCUAACAGAACAAUGCUGUAAAACUGUCUCCUUGGCUCUACAAUCCCCCAACAGUCUGCUGAGAGAACUGAACCUGGGCAACAAUUACCUGGACAGCUCACAUGUGAAGUUGCUCUCAGCUGGGCUCAGCAGUUCACAUUGCAGCCUGGAGAUACUGAGACUUACUGGCUGUAAUCUGACAGUAAUGUCAAUGGAAACAAUGUGCUCAGCUCUACAAUCACCAAGCUCAACACUGAAAGAGCUGAACCUAAGUAACAAUAAUUUGCAAGAUUCUGGAGUGGAGCUGCUCUCUACUGGACUGAAGAGUGCAAGAUGUAAACUAGAGAUACUGAGGUUAAACAUCUGUAACCUCACUGAGACAUCUUGUGAAAGUUUGGCAUUGGUUCUACAAUCAGCAAACUCAUUUCUGAAGGAGCUGGACCUGAGCAACAAUGACAUCCAUGAUUCAGGAAUUAAACUCCUGUCUGACGCACUGAAGAUGUUACAUUGUAAGCUAGAAACACUGAGAUUAUCUGGCUGCAUGAUCACAGAGGAAGGCUGUUUUUUUCUGGCCUCAGCUCUGAGUUCAAACUCCUCCCACCUGAGAGAGCUGGAUCUGAGCUACAAUCACCCAGGAGAGUCAGGAAAGAAACGGCUCUCUGCUAGACUGGAGGACCCACACUGCAAACUGGAAAAGAUCAGUUUGGACAAUGGUGGGAAGUUUGGGAUCAAACCAGGACUUAGAAAAUAUGCAUGUGAGCUCACUCUCGACCCAAACACAGCCCACACACUUCUCUCCCUGUCUGAAGAUAACAGGAAAGUGACAUGGGUGAAAAAGAAUUUGCCAUACUCUGAUCAUCCAGAGAGGUUUGAUCCUAGUCAUCAAGUGAUGUGCAUGGAGAGUCUAACCAGGCGGUGUUACUGGGAGGUUGAAUGGGAUGGGUGGAGAGCUGAUAUAGCUGCAACGUACAAAGCAAUAACCAGGAAAGGGAGAGGUAAUGACUGUAGGUUUGGAUACAAUGCGAAGUCCUGGAGUCUGUACUUUUCCCGUGGCCAAUGCUAUGCCUCUCACAAUAAGAAGAGAACAGCCAUUCCUGACCCACAGUGCAACAGAGUAGGAGUAUAUCUGGAUUGGCCAGCUGGAACUCUGACAUUCUACAGUGUCUCCUCUGAUUCACCCACACUUACGCACAUUCACACAUUCCAGUCCACAUUCACAGAGCCUAUAUAUGCUGGGUUUGUAGUUGGUUUUGGCUCCUCUGUGUCUCUGUGUCAGAUAGAAUAGCCUCCUGUCACAGGGCUGGGUUGAACAAGUAACUGGAUAAAGUAUACAGUGUGAUUCAUCUGAAAAAAUAGCAUCUUGGCAAGUGAUGCUAUCUUAUUUUUUUCAU